CCCAGCGAUAUGGUCAGGGGAUCAACCGUCGGUGGCUUGGGAGAUCCACAUCUAACCACCAGUUGAGGAUGAUAAAAUGCCGGUCCACGGGCUCACUCCUCUCCUGCUCUGCUUGUUGCCCGUGUGGAGAAUCCUGACGCCAGUCUCAAGUUAUCGCCAGCCUGGCCCGUGUCAUCUGAUACAACAAAUGGCCCUCUGCAAUGAUUGCAACCUCUCAUCUGUGCCGAAUGAACUGCCGGACAACUUAGAGGAGAUUCAGCUGAACUACAAUCACAUUAAAACACUACAGGAAGACUCUCUUCUACGCUACCAAUCACUAAACACCCUGAGCUUAGCUUGCAGCGGUCUGGAGAAAUUAGAAUCAAAUGUUUUUCAAGCUUCUACACUGUUAGAGACCCUAAACCUGGCGGACAAUAACCUAAACGUCGGCUACCAAGAAAGCAGCCUUGCAUUAAGAAUGUUACCUGGUCUUAGAGUUCUGGAUCUUUCCAAGAACAAUUUGGCUGAAGAAAUGGCUUCCGUACUCCUUCAGAACUUGACGUCCUUGGAGUACCUCAAUCUCUCUGGGAACCUGUUGAAGAGGCUGGAUGAGACGUCGUUCAGGGACCUCCAUCAGCUCAAAGACCUGGACCUCUCUCGGAACAUCAUGUUCGAAAUCGACAGCGCUUUCGACGGCAACCCAAAGCUUCGGCGGCUCAACUUGGCGUUCAACUACCUGCAAUGCCUGGUAGACUUCCACAUGACUCAGCUGGUGGUCCUGAACGCCAGCCACAACUUCAUCGAGUGGUUCAUCUCCAGGCAAGACCUCAAUGAGACCUUCCAGCUGGAAACGCUCGAUCUGUCCAACAACCAGCUCUUCUUCUUCCCUUUCCUGCCCAGCCGGAGUAACGUACAGAACCUUUACCUGUCCCACAACAUCAUGAGAUUCUACGAACGCUUUGUCGACAACAUCACGUCCGCAAAUGCGUCCAUGACUAUCGAGUUCUACAAUCUGAAAAAAUACGUGAACAAUGUAACGGCUCAGCUGUGGGAUGACGAUCUUCACGGGGACAUUUCCAGAGUGGAGAUUUUGGACCUGAGGGGAAACCAGGUGGAUUAUUUCCCUCGUGGAUUCAUCAGGAAAAUGUUGUCCCUGUCAAGACUUCAAAUGGGUACGAACUGUUUGGAAACCCUAAAUCUGACGUCAGAGCGGUUCUCUGACAGCUUGCUCGAGCUGGACGUCAGCAACAACAUCCUGAACCAGAUUUCUGCAGACAAUGAUACGCUCAUUAAUCUGGGUAAUUUGACUUACGUCAACCUGAGCCUGAACAAUCUGAAGGAACUACCGUAUGGAUUAUUUUCUUCGUUGCCAAAGAUCCGAUCGGUGGAUCUCAGCUAUAACAACAUUAACAUUUGCCGUUCGGAGCAAGCUGAAGUAAGAACGCACGACUUCUCAGCUUGCAUAGAUUGGAGCAACAUCAACUCCCUCAGACAACUUUCCCUCAAAGGGUGCAACCUAAAAAUUAUCCCAGACCAUGCAUUCACCGGGUUGGCACUGACGCACCUGGAGCUGUCCGACAACACUGGGCUCGCCGUCCAAGAUUCGUUACAAAAUUUAGGACGGACGUUGCAACACCUGGGUUUAGGAAACACUCAAAUACAAGACCUCGACUUCUCCCCUUUUCAAAGUUUGAGGUCUUUAAACCUUUCCAGAAACUCGCUUCCCCAUUUUCCCUCCUCAAUUCAAAAUAUGGACUUGAAAGUUCUGGAUUUGAGGGACAACGAACUGUCUACGAUCCCCAGUGGUCAAGCCUACACGUUAGCCUCGAAGCUUCAGACUGUUUUUCUCACAGGAAAUCGGUUCAACUGCUGCCAAACCGAAUGGUUCCGGACAUUUGAAACAACAAACAGGAUUAAUAUGGUCGGGUGGACUGAGAUCCGAUGCAAGGACCUCCUGCGUAUGAGUCACAGAAUGGCAGACUCACAUUUGUUUGUGUGUUUCGAAGGAGAAUCCAUUGUGUGGUACGUUCUCCUCAUUGUACCGGUCUGUUUGUUCUGUGUUGGAGUCUCUAUUGUUAUUUUCCUCACCUUCAAACCCAAUAUGCUGCAAAAAUCAAUCAAAAAGAAAUAUUUAAAGCCCACUUCAUACUGAUACUUUAUAAAUCCCAAGCAAAGUUUAGCUCAUUACGUUGUUGAGAAAUGUAGCCGAAUGGAUUAGAAAAUAAACUCAACUGAAUUUUUAAAUCUGA